GCUGUAUUUGCCCCCUGACUCACAACCACUGUUGAAUAUCGACAAGCAUAACCACGGAGAAAGUGGGCCGAAGUAUGAAAAAUGUCCUGGUUGUGUCCUUUGGAUUCUUGCUGUUGUUUACUGCGACUGGAAGCCUUCUGAAUCUACAGAGCAGUUUGAACACUGAAGAAGGAGUAGGUGUGGCCUCAGCAAGUGUGCAGUUUGCCUCCAUCAUUCUGUCCUCCAUGUUUGUUGCCCCCUUGGUUAUAAAAUACCUGGGCUGCAAGUGGACCAUUGUUGCUGCGAUGGGAUGCAAUGUUGUGUACACAGUUGGAAACUUCUAUCCAGGAUGGGAAACCCUGCUCCCUACUUCAAUAAUCCUUGGAUUUGGGGAAUCUCCUUUAUGGUCAGCUACAAGCACCUAUCUUACCAUAAAUGGUAGAAAACAAGCGGAGAAGGACAAAAAGAAGACCCAAGAUGUGAUAAACCAGUACUUCGGGAUCUUGUUUCUGCUGUACCAGUCUUCAGCAGUCUGGGGAAAUCUAAUGUCCUCCAUUGUCUUCGGGCAAGACUCAACCUCAGUCAACAUCAGUGAGAGUGAUCUACAGUUCUGUGGAGUGGGUAGCUGUGGCAACAUCAGCGAGGCCCCAAGCAAUUCCACCAGACCACCGGAGAGAUUAGUGCACACUCUGAUGGGCUGCUAUGUUGGUGUAGGUGUGCUGGCCAUGCUCUUAGUGGCUGUGUUUCUGGAUAACAUUGACCGAGAUAUGACAAUGGAGUUUAGAAGCAACAAGGAGCCAUUCUGCAGCACUUUCUUGGCCACGUUUAAACAGCUAAACGAUAGGCGUCAGGUGUUUUUGAUCCCAGUCACUGCCUACAUUGGUCUGGAGUUGGGUUUUCUCAAUGGGGAGUACACCAAGGAAUAUGUGACCUGCGCUUUGGGACUACAUUUCAUUGGAUAUGUGAUGAUUUGCUUUGGUGCCACAAGUUCCCUGUUUUCCUACGUGUUUGGGCGUCUGUCACAAUAUUCUGGACGGGUAGCACUUUUCGCUUUGGCCACAACCACCCAGUUUACCUGUAUCCUGGGUCUGUUGUUCUGGAGGCCUCACCCAGACCAGCUGCCAGUGUUCUUUGUGUUUCCUGCCCUCUGGGGCCUGGCAGACGCUGUGUGGCAGACACAAACCAAUGCACUCUAUGGUGUUCUCUUCCAUGGCCAGAAGGAGGCAGCAUUUGCCAACUAUCGCCUAUGGGAGGCUGUGGGAUAUGUAAUAGCAUUUGCUUGUAGCCGUUUUCUCUGUGUGAAUACCAAGCUAUACAUCCUUAUGGGAGUUCUUCUGCUCUCAGUAACACUUUGUUUUUCAGUGGAAUAUGGUGAAUACAUUAGCCCUACACCAGGUGAGGACAACACUAUCGAUACGAAACUGGAGAUAAAGAGCACAGAACUCAAUGAGGAUAAUGAUACAGAAUGUGAUAAAGUGUUGUAAACAUUGUCUAUGGCUAUCAACAUGUUUGAGAUUCUUUUUACAAUAAAAAUGUGAA